AUGCUGUCGUCCGGUGGCCACCAGCAAUCUGGCGUUGAUCAACUGUUUAUCACUGGACGGAACGGCAAUACGAGAAGCAUUGCAUUCCCAGGAUGUUUCCGUGCGCGGGUGAAUUUUCAGCUGAAGCGACCGAUUCUUAAUCCAUAUGUCGAGUCAUUCUUACAGCUGGGUACCAAUGUGCCAUGCACGUCUUGGCAUGAUGUAGCUCGUGUCAUGCAGAUAUGUACUAACAUCACACAAGCAAAUUGGUGUCCGCGAAGUGACCAUCAGAAACUGCGCUCCAUGCUGAAAGGCAAAAACACGUGGUAUCUAUCGGACUGCCUCAGUCGAACCAUGCAAGCACAUUCAUAUGACUUUCUUUUGCCACAUUCCAGUAAAUUUUGCAACUUGUGUCAGUCGCCGAAACUGAUCGACAGAAAGCUGGGGAUGUAUGUUCAGGAGGAAGGAGCUGACCAGUGCAAUUCUACAUCUACAUCCAGGACUUACAGUUUAAAAGUAACAUUUUCAUUGCUCUAA